AUGGGUGAUAAGAAAUCUAAUGUUCAAUCCUUUUUCCCGCCAUUUUCAACCACUCCCUGUGACAAUACGGUAAAUUCAAAUAAAGCUAAAGGUAAAGCGGCUACGAAUGGUUUACAACCACAACCUUAUCAUUACCCCACGAGUCCUUCAGUUCCUACUCAACAGCAGCCUCAUCCGAGUCUUCAGAAUGUUAAAUCGUCACCAAAUUAUCACUACUCUCCCUUUAUGUCUAAUGUAGUCGUGGGGAAUGACACCCAAUUGAAUGAAGCUGUUACGUGGACCAAAACUGUAGCCGCCAAGGACUAUCACCAACAGCGGCAACAACUGUCCACACCACCACCACCACCACCACCCCCCCCUCCUCCUCCUCCUCCUCCUCCUCCUCCACAAAUACAACACCCACAAACUCAUGUUACGGCUCAGGUUUUUCUUGACCAAACUCCUAGAAAAUUGCCAAAUGAAGAUUGCUCACAAUGGUUGACCCAACUGUCGAACCAUCAUUUUUUACUAGCUAACCCUAUACCACUACCACAACAACAGCCACCUCCUCCGCUACCUCCUCCACCCCCUCCGCAGCAGCAACAACAACAGCAACAGCAACAGCAGCAGCAGCAGUAUGAUGUUUACGACUUGUUGAAUCCUAGAAAAGCUGCAAAUAUGGGGUAUAAGGAGAAAAUAGUGAGUUGGCUCUCAACGGUUCCUCAAUUGACCGACGAUGAAAACGACGAGAUUUAUGUAGAUUGUUAUCCCGGAGUUGUCUCAGAUAUACUGAAUUCAAAUAUAUCAAUGUCGUCAAAUGGAAACGUAGAGAUUGACCUAGCUGAUAUUGAAGAUUUAUUGGAAUUGCAAGCACAAAAGAUAACUAGAUAUGUCAUGAGAAUAUAUGGAAGAGAAUACGAAAAUAGUCAAGGAGAGUAUGAAGAGGGAAUGACUAGUAGAAGAACGGGGCGUAGACGCAGUGAAUACGAAGAGGAAGUAAUUGAUUGUACUUUCCCAGUUGCUGAAUCUACAAGAAUGACUUGA